UAUAAAUCCAAAAGAGGGAGAGUGAGGUUACUCCUCCUCCUCAGAGAUAAGGUGGUGUGUGUCAUCAUAAGCUCAUUCACUGUGCGUCUCUCAAACAAACCAAAGGCAGAGAGAAGAGUGAAGAGAUAACAUUUAACAAAAAGAUGGCAUCAACCUCACUCCUCAAGGCUUCUCCAGUGUUGGACAAAUCUGAGUGGGUCAAGGGCCAACGCGUUCUCUUCCGUCAGCCUUCUUCCGCCGCCGUCGUCCUACGCAACCGCGCCACCUCCCUUACCGUCCGCGCCGCUUCUUCCUACGCCGAUGAGCUCGUUAAGACAGCGAAAACAAUUGCGUCUCCUGGACGAGGAAUCUUGGCGAUGGACGAGUCGAACGCCACAUGCGGGAAGCGUUUGGACUCGAUAGGGCUAGAGAACACUGAGGCAAACCGUCAAGCAUACCGGACACUGCUUGUCUCUGCACCAGGUCUCGGACAGUACAUCUCCGGUGCAAUCCUGUUCGAGGAGACUCUCUAUCAGUCUACCACCGAAGGCAAGAAAAUGGUCGACGUCCUAGUCGAGCAGAACAUCGUCCCCGGUAUCAAAGUCGACAAGGGUUUGGUGCCACUUGUUGGAUCUAACAAUGAGUCAUGGUGCCAAGGACUUGACGGUCUAUCCUCUCGGACCGCUGCUUACUACCAACAGGGUGCUCGUUUCGCCAAAUGGCGUACUGUGGUGAGCAUUCCCAACGGUCCGUCUGCUCUCGCUGUGAAAGAAGCUGCUUGGGGCCUUGCUCGAUACGCUGCCAUUUCACAAGACAGUGGAUUGGUUCCCAUAGUGGAGCCAGAGAUCUUGUUGGAUGGAGAACACGACAUUGACAGGACUUACGAAGUAGCUGAGAAGGUGUGGGCUGAGGUUUUCUUUUACCUAGCUCAGAACAAUGUCAUGUUUGAAGGUAUCCUCCUGAAGCCGAGCAUGGUGACUCCAGGAGCCGAGUCUAAAGACAGAGCUACUCCUGAACAAGUUGCCUCCUACACCCUUAAGCUCCUCCGCAACAGAAUCCCUCCUGCCGUCCCUGGAAUCAUGUUCUUGUCCGGAGGACAGUCUGAGUUGGAGGCAACGUUGAACCUGAACGCGAUGAACCAGGCACCAAACCCGUGGCACGUGUCCUUCUCCUACGCACGUGCUCUUCAGAACACUUGCCUGAAAACAUGGGGAGGCAGAGCUGAGAACGUGAACGCAGCUCAGACCACUCUCUUGACUCGAGCCAAGGCCAAUUCGUUGGCUCAGCUCGGAAAAUACACCGGAGAAGGUGAGUCUGAAGAGGCUAAGGAGGGUAUGUUCGUCAAAGGCUACACCUACUGAAGACAACAAUGUUGAAGAGGUGAAGAUGCUGUGAAAGGAGAUGAAGCAAGUGUUUUAAUUACAUUUGUUUUCGAGUAUGGUUGUUAUUAUCAUGUCAAAUCACUUAUUUUCUCUGCUGAAUUUGCAUUAGCUACUCCUUUUAAUAAGUUUGUAAUAUAUUGAAGUUAUCUACUAUCUUUGAUCAUUUAAAA